AUGGUCAACGACACAAUGGAAUAUCGACUCCCAGGGGCAUAUCACUACGAACGACGGUCGUCCGAAAAGGAGGACACAGUAUCAUUGCCACUGGCGAUUGUAUCCUCUGUCUUGUUUCCUUCAGAAGGGAUCAUGGUCCAAACCACACAUACUUCAUUGCCUGGAGCUUGGGUUAAAGACGAACAGCAGCGUCAAAUCAUGUCAUCGUUGACAGCAGCAGCAUCAUCAUCAUCAUCAUCUUCAUCAUCUUCAUCGACUACUACUAAAACAGCCCAGCAACAGCAAGAACAACAAGAAAAUGAAGUGCAGCAAGGCCAGCAACAGCAACAGCAGCAGCAGCCUGCACCGUCACCAUCCACAUCAACAACAUCAUCAUCAUCGGACAAGGCGGAGUAUGACAAUCAAGUGGACGAACUGCGAAGGACAGUCGCAGAACUACGACGAAAAGCUGAGCAGUUGGAACAAGCCGAUAUAAUGGUCAAAAAAGGCAUAGAAAUCGUGGCACGCAAACGAGUGAUCGCGCAGCAUAAACGCCGGCGGCAAUCCGAAUGGGAUUGGUGUGAUAGCAGCUGUAGUAAUAGUAGCGAGGAGGAUGACGAUGUCGGCGACGGUGUAACUCAACGACGGCAACAUCCAAACAAGAAGACGCUCAUCUUCGUGGACGACGAAGGGGGCGAAUGGGAAGUGCUUUGA